AUGAGCAACACCGAGCACAACGUCGAAUCGAAGAACGUCACAGAUACAUUAGACGAGAUUUUACGACUCCAAGAAGACAUUCAGGCACGAAUAGGAAGUUCAAAUCACAAUCUGGAAACGAAUUUCGAGAGUAUCAAGGAUUUCGUUUCCCGUGCUCAUGCCUACAUUCCGAUUCUGAAUCAAAUAUCGAAGGAUAUGAUCGAAAUCUGCGAACGGACACAAGCAUUGAAGAAAAAGACGAGUCAAUUGGAAUUAUCCGAUACGAAUAUCGAAGACGGAAGCACGACCUCCACUCCAACAACGACCAACAAAAGUCAAUAGGUGUCCCCCGAGGACCUUC